GGGAGGAGGGAAAGCGGCGAGUAAGAUGGAAGAUGAGGAGGUCGCUGAAAGCUGGGAGGAGGCGGCAGACAGCGGGGAAAUAGACAGACGGUUGGAAAAAAAACUGAAGAUCACACAAAAGGAGAGCAGGAAAUCCAAAUCUCCUCCCAAAGUGCCCAUUGUGAUUCAGGACGAUAGCCUUCCCACGGGGCCCCCUCCACAGAUCCGCAUCCUCAAGAGGCCCACCAGCAAUGGUGUGGUCAGCAGCCCCAACUCCACCAGCAGGCCAGCCCUUCCUGUCAAGUCCCUAGCGCAGCGUGAGGCGGAGUACGCUGAGGCCCGGAAGCGGAUCUUGGGCAGCGCCAGCCCCGAGGAGGAACAAGAGAAACCCAUCCUCGACAGGCCAACCAGGAUCUCCCAACCUGAGGACAGCAGGCAGCCCAAUAAUGUGAUCAGACAGCCUUUGGGUCCAGAUGGGUCACAGGGCUUCAAACAGCGCAGAUAAAUGCGUGUGGGAAAGGAUGCCGCCGCUGCCGCCGCCGCCUCUUGGGUCGUCCGCCACGGGUCGCACUGCUGUGGCAGACAGCUGGACUUGAGCAGAGGGAACGACCUGACUUACUUGCACUGUGAUCCCCUUUGCUCCGCCCACUGUGACCUUGAACCCCAUGCACUGUGACCUCCCUCCUUCCCCCCCCCUUCCCACUGUGAUUGGCACGUCUACAAGGGCUGUCCCAAGUCAAUGGAAAGGGAAAGGGUGGGGGUCAGGGGAGGGUUGGGGGGACCCACGAAGGACUCAGAGUAGAGAGUCAGACAGUGCCACUUGGCCACUUGGGGUAAAGCCAGUGCCAGCAAUAACAGUUUAUCAUGCUCAUUAAUUUGGGAUUUCAAAACACAGAUGAGAAUUCCCGUCCACCCACCUGCAAGUGCAUGUCUUCAUCACUUAAAAGCAAGUUCCAUUUGAAAAUAUCCUUUCUUUUUUUUUUCUCCUUCCUAUUUUUGUUUGUUUAUACAAAUACCUGAUUUGCAAGGAAAAGUGCAUGGGAGGGGUUUUAGCAGUUUAAUGAAUUUUUAAUUGAGAAAGGGUAGUUUGGUAGUCUACUUAAAAAUGUUUCUGGGAAAUUCACUAGGAACAUUAACCAAUAGGACUUUGGUGAGCUUAGCUUCUGUAUUCCUACUGCCGCCCAGAGAAGGGGCAGGGCUCCGCAGCCCCCUGGACAGAUGAGCACCCCAUGCCUAUACCUCCCUCCCUCAGCUGAGUCCCGGGGCAUCUAGGCCCUACGUGGAGACUGAGCUAGCUGUACGGGCUCAGAGAGCCUGGGGAGGGUGCCAACCCCACCUCUAGUAUUUUGGGAGAUAGGGAAAGUGAACAGACUUCCCCUUCCCAUACCCCUCAGGGUGGUUCCCUGCCAGCCAGGCUUGCUCCUUUUGGAAGAGAGCAGGGAGUGAGAUGCACUCCGGGCUCGGAAGUAAGGGAUGUGAGACUUGCUCAGUCUUGCUGAGACUUGCUGCUCCGAGGAGAGCCAGGAGAGAGUGGCUCCAGGACUCUGAGCCUCCUGCCCAGUGUGCUCAGAAGGUGGCUAGAUCUUCCCACUCCAGCAAUGCUUAAACUCUCAAGGGUCUGUGGAGCACCAUCUCUGUUGAUGGCACCAGCUUGGUAACCAUGCCUGGUACAUUUCCUUUGUGAAAUCAUUACCUUGGGAGCUGACCAUUCAUUUGGGAAAAGGCAAGCUGUGCAUUGCAAAGAUUGGUGGUGACAGACUGGUUCCCCAUAGACCCAGGCUACCCUUCACCCAUUUUUCCAGAGCGAGGGCCUGGAAUGAAGGCAGUUUCCCCUCUGUCCCUAGAGCCUAGAGAUUUGCUUUGGCUCUUUAAGGUGGAAGAGGCUAAGGGCAACUGCGCAGAGCAGCUUGUGUGUGUGUGUGUGUGUGUGUCUGUGUGUGUGUGUGUGUGUGUGUGUACAAUCGGGGUCCUCUCAGGCUUUCUGGUCUCUUCCGUUGCACUGCGCCUUAUCCCUCAGCCAGCCAGAUAGCCUCCCACCAAGCGGAUGAGUUUGGGAGUGGAUGAAAGGACGUUUUGUGAUUAGGGCAGCUUGCGGUGGCCAAGGUGACAAGCUCGGUUUUGCAGGCUCACUCCACCUUCGGUUCAUCUGGCUUUCAGCCUUGCCCUGUGGGAAUGUAGGCCAGGCCCAGCAAGCCGUGUCCCACUGCAUCUCCCACUGAGGAGGAAGGGCCAGCUGCCGUUGGAAUCGCAGCUAGUCCAUAGCACAGCCUUGUGACCAUGAGCAGCCGGGAACUUGUACGUGUGCAGAGCUCGGACGGAGCUUCGGUCAUGAGGAAGCCACAGGCUGCUGGGUUGUACCCAGAGGCUGUUGUGAGGGGGUGACCCCCAGGAGUGGGCAAGGAAGAAGGUCGGCUACUGUCUUUAUAGCUCCGCUGCCCUGUGACCAAGUUUCCUCCUUCUGGAUGCAGUAUCCAGCCCUCAUGUAAUAGUGGUUUCUGGCCCGAGAUGAGACUGUCCUUUCAGUUGGAGAAGGGCACAGAGGUAGGCCAGGUGGCAUGGCCAGGAGUACUGAUUGCUCAGCCAAUGGGACCACCUGUUCUUGCCCCCCUCUCCCGUAGCGGGAACCAAAAGGAAGGUCAGCUGAUGGGUGUCUGUGGAUUGAGGAUGUAGUAGGGACUGGUGUUCCCACCUCCCUCUGGCCAAAGAUGGGGCUUUGCCCGCUGUGUGCCUGCCACCACCCACCAGCAGUUGUACCCUUGGCUUCCCAGAUGGAGAGGUGGCAGGAAAUUUUUUAAAAAGAAAGAAAGAAAUGAAAACAAGGAACUGUAUUAUGUUGGGGGGAGGCGGGAGGGGAGAUGGGAGAAUGGUUUGGAUUUUGUGUGUCGGGGGGUUUUUUUUGUUUGUUGGGUUUUUUUUUUUUUUGGUAGUUGUCUGUAACUUUCCUUAAGUGCGCCUUUUUUUUUUUUUUUUUUUUUUUUUUAAAGUAAGCUGCAGGCUUUGGCUUGGAAAACCCCAGGGGGGUGGGGGUGGGGCAGAAACCUGAGGCUGCUGCCCCUUUAUCUGCCUUCAUGGUACUGUCCCCUUCCCCCAGCUCCUCCUUGACCCCAUGAGCCAGGCCUCAGACCUUCCAGCUAACCGCUUCCCAUGAGCCACUACUCUGAUGUCAGCCUAUAACCAAAGGAGCUGGGGGUCCAGGCCUGGUGACCAACCCUUCUCAGCCCACUCAAUCAGGGUGCUCCCCACCUGCAGGCAGGAGGCAACACCCUAUCUGCUACCAUCAGCCCCUUCCAGAGCCCACUGCCCCGCCCCGCCCUGCCCUGUCCAGCCCGGCCAAACCCUGCUCUGCCCCAUGUGGGUAUGCUCUGCUCAGGGAUGGGCCGGCAGGGCUGCCCCAGCCUCCCUGGUAAGCAGAGACUCUGGAAACCUCUGGGGUCCUGUUUUCUGGUCGUGUGAUCCAGGGGUGCACAUGGGCCCCUUGGGUGUCUGAACAGAAGGGCAUGGGAGGGAGGGCCGCAUCCCUGCAGUCCUGCUCUGCUGGUCUAGCGGGCAGCUGCCUACCCCCCGCCACCCCGCACCGCGGGCUCCUGAGUCGGCAGAUUAAGCAUUUUAUAAAUUGUAUUUUAAAUACAUGUUUUAAACUUGUCAGUGCCUUGUCCUCAUUUCAGUCCCUGGCCUCCUAACCUCUUGCUGUGCCUGCUUGUUUAACCACUGGGGGAGCUACCUCUGCUCAGUCCCAGGGAGGGGCUCUCCCUUUGUUAGAGAAAUAGGCCUGGGGUGGUAUGUGGGUUGUGGGGGGCAAAGACCCACACACCCUUAGGUUCCAAGAGAAGGGCCCCCAUGGGUCCUGGGGCUUUCUUGGUGAGAGCAUGGCUGAGACCCCUUCUGCCCUUCUGCAGGGUCUGUCUACCCCUUUUAGGAUCCAGAAUCUUCCCCACCAUUCCCUUCGAGCAAGUGGGGAGAGAUGCUCUCUGCCUUUGGGGGAGACACUUAUCUGAAGAGAGUCCCAGCUCUGUGCUUUGAGAGUGCAUAGAAGGUCAAAACUUUGCACCCAGGGUCCCUCUAGCAGGAUCCCCAACCCCGGCAGGGUUUCAAGGUGUGUCUUGCCUCAGGGUUUCCUAAGCCUGAGGGAGGCUGGGGCCCUGCACUCUGAGAGCCAAGUGGAGGGGUGAAAACCUGGGGGUCUCCCCUGGCACCAGACACACAGGCCAAGGUUCUUGGUGUUUAUUGGCUUACCAGGCCGCAAAAGCAAAAUCCAGCAGCGAUACCUGCCUAAUGACCUGUCCACCUGCAGGUCUCGAACAGCUGCUCAGAGUCAGGGCUCCGGAGGUCAGUGGGUUCGAGCCGGCACAGAGCUGAGCCACUUUCUGCUCUCAGAGCCGUGUUCCCUAGGGGGAGAGGUGAGGAGAAGGGUGGGAGGAAAUGAGCCAUUCCCAGGUGCCCCAGGGGAGAGGUGGCUUCCCUGGGAAGCAGUGGAGCCAAGUAGUUGGGCUCAGGGGACUGAUUGCAAGUCCUGAGUUCUUUUGCCCCCAAAGCGCCUAGAAGAGGACUUGCAGGGGAAGCUUCCCUCCAUCCAGCAGUCAAGCCUGUUUCCUACCGCUCCUAUGUGGAGUCAGACUCGGUCAAAGGACUUGCGAGCUAACCCCCUACGUGGUGGUACCAGCCUGAGAGAAAGACGGUAUGUGCCACUGAGUCUGGGCACAGCAAGGCAGAAGUGCCCUGACUUAAGCACAGUCGGUGCAGCACGUGGGCCCUCAGUAAAGCUUAGCUCCUUACUGCUUCCAUCCUUUCCCCCUUCUCCCCCUUUUCCUCCCUGGAGCAGCAGUAUCCCGGGCAUCAUCUCCUGGAAGGAUGGAUUCCCCUUGGGUUAGGCCAGGGCCUUGUGAAAAAAGGAGGUGGGAUGGGCCUGGGCUGGAGCUCCUGCCUUCUGGGCACCCACCUGCUUCCUUGAGAUCCUGACUGGAAGAGGAGUCUCCGGAUGUCAGGGCCCAGGCUGGUGGGGGUGCACGGGUCCAGCACGCAGUGGCUACCCUGCUUCUGACGGGUCAUCUUUUCCAGCCGAGGGCAGAGUGGGACACAGGGCACCUGCGUGUAGGGGCUCUGCAGGUUGGCAUCUGGCAAGGGAGGAAGGAGGAGGCAGGAGCGGGGAGUGCCUCAGAACAAGCCCAGCCUUGGGAGGCAGGCAGACCCAGCUGAAAUCCCAGCUUUGCCACAUCCUGAGCUGGGUGGGUUUGGGGCAAAUCGCUUACCCUCUCUGAGCCUCUGUGUAAGCUGGGGGUGAGUACCCUCCUCACAGAGCUGACAAGGAGGAUUAAAGGGAUAAUAUGUGUGCAGCGUGCCGCUGAACGCCAAGCACAGUGUAAGGGCUCGUAACAGCUUACACAGGAACACGUAUCUUUGUGCUGGGUCCUGGCAGUCUGGUAGGCACACUAGAGAGACUCUGGAAAGCUCCUAGCCUAUCACUUGGCACACAGUAGGACUCCUAGUUUAAUCAAUGGCAACUGCUCUUACAGGGAGGCAGCCUUGCCCAGUGAAAAGAGCACAGGUUUUGGAGUCAGACCUGGGUAUAAACUGCCCUUUCUUGACACAGGUUAGCUGUGGGGCCCUGGGCCUUGGGCUUAAACUUGCUCAGUUUCACUGUUCUCAUCUGUACCAUGGGGUAAAUAUGUGAUCUUGAGCACUAAAUCCUGGCACAUCUACAAAGGGCCUAGCAUGGGCAGUGACCCCAGUGGGUAUUCAGUAAAUGUGGAGCUGCGAUUGCUAAUCGCCCUCCCUGCUCAGUGGAGGCUCUCGGGACCAACGUGUGCUCAGGGCUGAGCCCCAGGGAAGAGUGCAGAAGGCCCUUGUCAGAGGGCUAGAGGUGGGGUGGUGAUUUUCAGACCAUUGACUAAUGCACACAGUUAAGCCCAAAGUGGGAAACCAUGUCUCUCAGCUCCUGGGUCUGGCUGUGGGCCCAGGGAAAGAGGCCGGUGGGGGGGGGGGGCAGGAGAGCAGAGUGCUCACUGUGCCCAAGGCCCUCACCAUAGUUGUGCUGCUUCAGCCGGCUCAGGAUCCUGAGGACCCUUCGUUCUGGGACUUCCAAGUAUGACUGCUGGGGGUUGUAGGGAAGCUUCUUCUGGGACCGCAGCCAGCCAAUGGCCGACUCCAUCUCUCGGGCCUUACAGGUGCCUUCCUUCAGCUUCUUCUGGUAAUAGCUGGGGAGGCAGUGCCCGCCCAGCUCAGCCUGGCUGUGUUUAAUUCACGCCCUCUCCCCCCACCUCUUUCUGAGCCCCUGUUCUGUCUGGCCAGCUCUGGGACAGGGACACAAGCCCAGGAGUUAGGAGACCUGGGUUUUAGUCCCAGCUCUGCCAUUAACUCCCUGUCACUGCCUUGCUUUGGACUCCAGUCACCCCAACCCUAUCUCUGCAAGUCACAUGACUUCUCUGGGCUUCAGGUUUCCCCUGGGUGAAAUGGAUCAAACAGUCUUCACGUUCUAGGAUUAAAUAACAAGGCCCAUCAAGCACUCAGCAGUGUGGCCCAUGGAAAGAGCCUGGUCAGUGUCACCUGUGCUUUCCAUCACUGAUAUUUUUACUUAGAUGUACAAGUGCUCUGUAAGACAGCUGUGCGAUUAACCUGCUCAUCUUCCAGAUUUGAGUUUUAUUUUCUUGACUCACGGCUACUCGCCCGCCCACUAGACUACGGCUCCGCUCAUGCAUUCAGCAGAUACUCAGUGGGUGUUUACUGCAGGCCGGCCAUGCAUCUAGGUGCUUGGGAAAGCAGUGCAGGAGAUCUCCAUAGAAGGUCCCUGCCUCCUAGUGUCCCAGCCCCUCUCUCACUCCGGCCACUGCCACAGUGACCACUUCCACACGGACUUGGAGCAGCUUUGCACAGGGACAGUCUGAGGUGGCCUCACCUCAGAAGCCGCCUGCCUGGAGCUUCUCUGAAACCACGGUGGGGGCCACCCUUGACCAAAGAAGCUAGCAGCUGAGGUAUACAGGUUUCUCUUUCUUCUCCUGACAGAAUUCUGAACCACUAUCCCUAGACUCCUCAGAAGAUCCUGGGAGUGGUUGACUCAACACAUGCUUGUAUUGGCCCUCCUCUGUUCACAUUCCUUCUCUCGCUCCUCCCUGGAAUUCCUUUCUAAAUCGACCACCUAGGCACGCACCUAGUGGGAGAGUCAGACCAUGAACAAAUAAAUACAAUACCCUGUCGAUAGUGGUGGGUGUAAUGAGGGCAAGUAAAAGCUGGACGGUGGGUAGUGAUGAGGGGCUAUUUUGCUCACAGAGGUCAGCAAAAGUCUCAGAGGUGGUGACAUUUGAGCAGAAUGAGGGGAGGGAGCAAGUCAAAUGGAUAUCUCUAGAGGAACAGUCUUUCAGGCAGAGGGAAUGGCAUGUGGAAAGGAGGUGGGAAAGAGCUCAGUGAGCUCUAGGAAUGGCAAGGAGGCCAGAGGGGCUAGAGCCUGGUAUGUGAGGAAGAGUGGGAGAUGUGGGCAGCAAGAUGGCAGAGCCAGACCAUCCAGGGCUUUGAGGCAGUGGUGAGGGGUGGGCAUGCUACUCGGUGCUGGGAAACACUGAAGGCUUAAGUUGCUGGUUCUGCUACGGUCUUUGCCUAUCUCUGGGGCCUGGAAUUUGGGGUUUUGAUGAGCUUCACACAUAGAACACAGAAAAUGGAUACCAGAGCCUUCACGUGGAAGUUGGAUCUAGACCCCUGUGUAAAACUAGUAAAUGAAAAGGCAACAUGUUGAGUAAAAAAGAUGACCAAGAAAUAACUUCACUCCACAAGGGCCAAAGGACAUGAGCAAAAUGUGUGCAACUUUCUUGGUCACAGUUUUAAAGGACAUUGCUUGCUCUCCACUUCUCUCCCCUUCCCGCGGUCUUGAAUUCAGAUGUGUUGCUGGUAAAUUGGUUUAGGAUUGACCUAGGGAUUGGUGGGACAAUAAGUUAGAAAGAAAUAAUAAGCUGUGUGCUGGGCAGCCUCAUCUUCCUGCCUGCUUCUUCUGGACUGUCAAUAUAAGAGAGAAAUAAACUAUCUUGUUUGAACUGUA